UCUAACGAACAGGUUAUUGCAGAGUUACAGUGGACUGCUAAAAUAAUAAAAAAUGUAACUGGUGUCACACCUCUAUAUAUGCGUCCACCAUUCGGUGAUUAUGAUGAUCGUAUACGGAGUAUAUGUACACAACUUGGAUAUAAAGUUGUAAUUUGGGAUAAAGAUACAAAUGAUUGGCUUUCAGCUGAUGACCGAACUUUUCAAAUGUCAUGGGUUGAAGGUAAUUUUACCCAAUGGGUAGGCGAGAAGAGUACUACUG